CAGAAGGAGUAGUGGGAAGGUCCGGGAGAUGAGAGGAGUGGGAGGACCGUUGCUGUGCAUAGGAGAUCUGCUAAGCGAUGUCGGUGACGAAGCCAGCGUGGGGGAAAACCAAGAAACGUCUUUCUUGGCAUUUCCAUCAUCAUCAACUCUCAAUGCUUCUCUUCCACCAUUGCAUCUUAGCCAACUCUUCAAGGAAAACUACAACCAGUUGAAUGAGGCAUUAUCAGGGACAGACCACUCAUGGACAGCUCUGACGCUGAAGUUAUGCACUUCCCUAGAGACUGCAGAUAAGUUGAUACAGUCAGCCAACUCAAAUGUCCGAGUGCUUUCCGCGAAGGUUGAAGUUCUGGAAAGCAUCAUGAAGCGAGGAGAUUCAGUUGUAGCGGCAGCAAAAGGGAUUGAUGUCACACAAUUCAAGAAGGAAAGACCUACUGGGAGUUAAAAAUGACUUUAGGUAUCAUGGGGCACAAAUCUGACGAGGGGAGAUCAUUAGUGUUCUGUAUGUACCUUAGAGAACAGAAACCUAGAAUUGAAACUGUAGUCGUAAAUCUGUAAAGAUGUGUUCUUUAUGCUUCUAA